CGGCGGCGGCGGCGGCGGCGGCGGCGGCGGCGCCUUUCCAAUAUGGCGGCGCCGGCUGACGUCACUGGAGGAUGUGGCAAGGCCGCGGCGGGGCGGGCCGGGAGAACGCCGGAAGCGGCGGGCAGGGACCCGGGGGCCGGGACUCGAUGUCAACGACCCUCUCUCCGCCCCCCGGGUCUCCCCCGGCGCUCGCCCUUUUCUUGGGGUUCCUUCGCCGCCCGGCCCGCCCCGCCGCCCCCCUCCCGUGACGUGUCCUUCCUCCGCUCGCCUUCCCCUGUGUCCCCCAAAGAACCGGGGCUGGAGCCAGAGUCUGGCAAGGCCCCAGCGAAUCCGGACAGGCGUGGCCUCGCGAGGGUGAACCCUGCUCCGUCUGAAGCUGUCCCCUUAGCACCCCAGACACCACCGUCCUCGGAGUUGGCCUCGCCCGGGGCUGCAGAGACCCGGCUUGGAAUCCGGGGUCCCCACGAGUCACUGGAAGGACUUUGCUCACCGCUGAUGGGGCGGGGAGAGGGCGCGCGCUCUGCCCACAUUCCCAGACCCUUCAGAAGGAGUAACUGCGUUUAAAUGGCCUGAAAGCGGACUUUUAGUUUUUCUGCGUGUAUUACGGUGUGAAAAGAGAGAUCGUUCACUCUGAGGGAAGCCAGCUGCCAUAUCAUGAAGACAUUCAAGCAGCCUUAUGAAGAGGUCUAGUUGGGGAGGAACUGAGGCCUCCUGCCCAACAGCCAUGUGAGUCAGCCAUCUUGGAAGUGGAUCGCAGCCCCAAUCAAACCUUUAGUUAACAUCUUAACUGCAACCUCAUGAAAGAGUCUGAACCUCUACCACUGAACAUACACAGAGAAUUUGUGCUCCUCCCCAUGUCCCCAUCUGUCAUGGGCAUAAUUCUAAUACAGCCCUCAUAAUUCUUGCUGCCCUAGUAUCUACACUUUUGUGUAAUCCCCUCUCCUUGAGUGUGAACAGACUUUGUGACUUACUUGUAACCACUAGAAUAUGGCAAAAGGGAGGGAAUGUUGCAGAUGUAAUUAAGGUCCUUAAUAAAUUCACUUUGAGUUAAUCAAAGAGAGCUUAUCCUGGGUGGGCCUGCGUAACCAGGUGGCAUAAUCACUUUCCCUCGAAAGUGGAUCCAUCCCUUCCCUAAUUAGAGAGACUUGAGUCAGCUGAGACAUUCUCUUGAUUGCUCUCAAGACAUUCUCUCUUGAGGAAGACAGCUGUGUUGUGAACUGCCUAUGGAGAACAGUAACCUCUAAGAGUUGAUGGUCUCAGUCUUAGAACUACAGCAACUGAAUUAUUCCAACAACAUGAAUGAGCUUGGAAGAAGACCCUAAUCUCCAGAUGAGAAUGUAGCCCAGCCAACACUUUGAUCACAACCUUGUGAGACUCUGAGCAAAGAAUCCGGUUAAGCUAUGCCAAACUCCUGACCAAUGGAA